UACUUUUUUCAGCUUUAUUCAAACCUGUUGUUAUAUUGAUGAGGAAGUUUGGUUGAUUAAAACAAAGUUACAGUUCUACACUAACCAAGAAAACAAAAAUAGAACAACAGUUAAGAGAGGUAAAAAGCAAAAGGUGAAAUUGAGGGGAAAAAAAUGAGUUCUGCCCUACGAACCAGAGACAGAAAUCCCAACAAUCGGAGCAAAGAACAAAGAUCUUCCAUGGCAGAGAGCAGUAACACUAGCAUCACUACCACCAUAAACUGUGGAUCAUCAUCAUCAUCAUCAUCAUCAUCAUCAUCGUCAUCGUCCUCUCCAAUAACCCACAUGACCGAAGACCACCUAUUUUCAAUUCUUCUCCAUCUUCCCAUAGAAUCAAUCCUCUCCUUUUCAAUGACUAGCAGAAGAUUUAGGUCUCUCGCAUAUUCGGACUCUUUGUGGGAAUCCAUCUGCAGGAGAGACUGGGGUCACUCCUGUGUUGAUGCCCUCAAACUCCCUGCAGAUGCCAAGCAGCUUUCUUGGAAGAAGCUUUACCAGCAGGUCUGUCAACUGGACUCUGUCACAUGCCAUAAACUGUCUGACCCAGAUGAUCAUGAGGGGUUCCCAAGGCCCAGAGCAUCUCAUUCCCUCAAUUUUGUGUCUGGGUUUCUGGUUUUGUUUGGUGGGGGUUGUGAGGGAGGACGCCACCUUGAUGACACAUGGAUAGCAUAUAGUGGUAAUGAUUUCAGGAGAAUAUUGAAGUGGCAAAAGAUUAAUGCAGGCAUUCCCAGUGGGCGGUUUGGGCAUUCAUGUGUUGUGAUUGGUGAUUUUCUUGUUCUCUUUGGAGGGAUCAACGACAAAGGUAUCCGCCAAAACGAUACAUGGAUAGGGCAAAUAACAUCACACGAGACAUGCGGUAUGACAUUGUCCUGGAGGCUGCUUGAUGUGGGUUCCGUUGCCCCACCACCACGUGGAGCCCAUGCUGGAUGUUGUAUUGAUAGCAAGCGGAUGCUUAUUCAUGGAGGGAUUGGAUUGUAUGGCCUUAGACUAGGUGACACAUGGGCUUUAGAUUUCUCAGAAAACCCUUCUUUUGGUACUUGGCGGGAAAUCGUGACUCACCCAUCACCUUCGGCUCGUUCAGGGCACACAUUAACUUGUAUUGGGGGAAACCAAACAGUGUUAUUUGGAGGGAGGGGAUCAGGUUAUGAGGUGCUUGAUGAUGUCUGGCUCUUUGAUACAUCUGAAGGUCAUUCGAGAUGGGUGCAAUUACUAUUUGAAUUACAAAAUAUCCCAGGAGGACUUUCCCUCCCACGAGUUGGCCACUCAGCCACCCUUAUCUUAGGUGGUCGAGUGCUCAUUUAUGGAGGGGAAGAUUCUUACAGGCAUAGAAAAGACGACUUUUGGGUUUUGGAUCUCAGUUCGAUGCCAUCAUCCAUUGAAAUGCAGCCCAUUUCUGUUACUUCAAAGAAAUUAUUAGCAAACAUGUGGAGAAGGCUCAAGUCCAAGGGUUAUAAACCUAAUUGCAGGUCAUUUCAUCGAGCUUGCACAGAUCACUCUGGACGCUACUUGUACAUGUUUGGUGGAAUGGUGGAUGGAUUACUUCAUUCUGCUGAAACAGCUGGGUUGAGGUUUGAUGGAGAGCUUUUCCUUGUGGAGCUUGUGCUUCAGCUUUAGGGAGGAAGCUAAUGUGAUGCACUCUAGCUUGUUGAUAUGUGAAUAUCGUAAAUACUAGCUCUCAAAUGUAGCUCCUUUGACAGUUCUUGAACCAGAUUGACCAAAACAAAAUUUUGAGUGAGGUGUUGGCACACUGCUAUGCUGCAACAAAUCCCGAGCCCCUGCAACCGUUUAUAAGGUUCUUGCAAAAUAAACGCCAUUGGAAAAUGUAGUCCAAAUCAACAAUUUUUGGGAAUGAGCGAGCUACUAGUUUAUUGUUGUGGUUAGAAGGACUAAGAAGUCGAAGGUUUUCCAUGCCCACUUUUACGCGACUGCAUAAGGUUCUUUGUGAUGGACGGCUUCCUGAAUCCUGAUUAUGUGUAUGCAAUGCAACUACAAACGAUGCAGGUCUAAUUUGCUGCCUUGUAUGAUCCUUUUGAGUGAAACUAGUUUGAUGCAGCUAUAUGAGGGGAUGCAGCCAGUUAUUUGAGAUGCUUUCAGGUUUUCUUAAGCACAAACUAAGAUGACUUGCCAAUAACACUGAUGGGUGUUGAAGACUUGAAGCACUUUCUCUAGAGCUUAUACAUAGUCUUGUCAUGGUAAGUUGGUAAAUUACAAAUUAAGGCUCCAUGAAGUUGAGUUAUGACUCGAUGAGGGGAAAAUUGUACUUUAAUGAGGUUCAAAAAAUUUGCACCAUUCUAACUUGAUUCCCUUGAGUUGUUUAUUUUGAUCUGUUGGAGUCGUA